UUACCUACGUGACGAGUUCAGUUUAGAGAGUUAGUUGGUGCCGGUUUCUCGACGAUAGUACAAGUCUUUGGCCACGCGCUCUUUCCAGAAUGAUUGGGUCAAAGAAGAAGCUUCUCGUCGCAGGGAUCGGCGCUGUCGUAAUUAUCGUAAUAAUUGUUAUCGUCAUCCUGGUUGCCACUGCCGGUAGCGGCGACGACGAUUCUUCGGACGGAAAAUACGUCAGCGAUUCGGUCCUCGGUCGUUAUUCGCAGGCUGCCGUCACAACCAACGGACAAGAAUGUGCGCAAAUCGGAUCGGAUAUAUUGGCGAGAAACGGCUCGGCUAUCGACGCCGCAAUCGCCGCUUUGCUGUGCGAGGGAGUCGCUUGUCUUCACAGCAUGGGACUCGGCGGAGGUUUCUUUAUGACGAUAUGGGACGCAGCUACCGAGUCUGCUUACUAUCUGGACGCCAGAGAAACAGCUCCGUCAUUGGCAACGCAAAACAUGUAUGGAGGAAAUUCGACUCUCUCCAUGUACGGGGGUCUAGCCGUCGCCGUUCCCGGAGAACUUCUCGGCUAUUGGGAGGCUCAUCAAAAAUUCGGCCGGCUGCCUUGGGUCGAGCUUUUCAACGCGACAAUCGAGCUCUGCGAGGAAGGGAGCAUCGUUACGGAUUACUUGGCAGCGUACCUUGAGACUAAAAAGGAACAAAUCCUGGCCGAGCCCACAAUGGCGGAAAUUCUGAUAAAUCCCGACACGGGCAGUGUUUGGCUGGCUGGCGACAGAAUCAAGAGACCGAAACUAGCGGAGACUCUGAAAAUCAUAUCGGAGCAGGGAGCGGACGUUUUCUACAAUGGGACUAUCGGCGAACAGUUGGCUGAGGAGGUGCAGGCCUUUGGUGGUAUUCUGCAGAUGGACGAUCUCCGUAACUACAGUGUGAUAUGGAAAGAGCCGACCGAAUCGAUGAUCGGUAAUUACACAAUGUACUCGGCUCCACCUCCGGGCUCAGGCGUUAUUUUAACCUUCAUAAUGAACGUGCUGGAAAAUCUGAUUCCCGUCGAUGAGGAGGAGAUCAUGUGGCAGCGGAUAGUCGAGACUUAUAAAUGGGCAUACGCCAGGCGCACGGAACUUGGGGAUCCGGACUUCGUCGAUAUCGCUGAUCUCGUUGCAAACUUCACAUCGAGCGACUACGCCGAUAGCAUAAGAGAGAUGAUCAAAGACGACUGGACGAGCUUGGACCCUCUUUUCUACGGUGCUGUUACAUCGGGGACGAGGGAAUCCGGGACAGCGCACAUUUCCGUUUUGGCACCCGACGGCUCGGCGGUGUCCGUUACGUCGACGAUCAAUCAGGUGCUAGGAGCGAUGAUCCGUUCAAAUUCAACCGGCAUAAUAUUCAACGACGAGAUGGACGACUUUAGCUCACCCAAUAUCACAAACUCUUUCGGGCUACCGGCAUCGCCGGCGAAUUACAUAGAGCCUGGGAAACGCCCGCUGAGUUCGAUGAUACCGACUAUUCUGGUGGACGAGAACAAAAAAGUCCGGUUAGUCAUCGGAGGUGCUGGUGGCACAAAAAUUAUUAGCGGUACCAGUAUUGCCAUGUUGUUAAAUUUGUGGCUGGGAUACGACAUCAAGGAAGCCGUCGAUGCGCGGAGACUUCAUCACCAGCUCUAUCCAAUGACUAUUCAAAAUGAGAACGGAUUUUCGUCAAAUGUGUUGGCCUACUUGGAAGAGAUUGGACAUACGACAAGCACCUACUCCGGACUGGGUAGCGCGAUAACGGGAAUAUCUGUGCAAGAUGGAAGUGUCACAGCAAAUUCCGAUUAUAGACGACAAGGAGUUGUGGCUGGAUAUUGAUUAAAGUUAAUAGCGGGACGGGCCGGGGGGGGGAGUUUUCGCAGUAACAGUAUUCAUGCUACAAUAUUGCCGUUCGAUGCUGGUGACCCGCAAUUAAAAAACAGAAAGUAAACUAUAUUCUUCGUUUUAGUAUAUCUGAUUCGUGUCCGUAGUGUUCUUGUAAAUAUUCGUGUAUCAUGUGUACAACGUAUGAAUGUGAAAUACGUUAUCGCGUAGGUAUGUCUUAGGACAUGUAUAAUCCAACCAUAUAGUCGCUGCGGUAUAUUAGUCGCAUUAUGGAUACUAGGCUCAUAAUAUUAAUUCUUAGUGCUCUUUUCGCUAUACACGUUGACAUAUCUAUAAUUAUGCGUAUCGUUUCUGAUACAUUCACAACUAAAAAUGUAUACAAGGUCAGAUGCGAUGCGUUACGCGUUAACGGAUUUUCAUCAAGAAUAUACAACAGUACGUUUUUUAUAUAUUCCGAAUUCAUAUGAUAAUAUUGGUCAUGAAAUUGAAAUGUAAUUCUUUCUAUUGUA